CCGAACCCAUCAUUGUUUCUCCAAAACACCUUGUCUUCUCUUCUCGUGCUCUUUCCCUCUCUCUCUCUCUCUCGCUGGUUCCAUUCCCUUCGCUGGGUCAAGAAAAAACAGGGGAAGAAGAAAGUUCAAAGCUUGUCCGACAAUGAAGAAGUCGGGAUUGUUUGCAGUCUCGGCGGCUGCUGCUUCUGCUACUGCCAUCUCUUCUUCUUCUUCUUUGAACUUCUCGUGCACAUCCAAGCUUCAGUUUCCAAACCAGGAACACGUCUCGAGCACCGAACAAGCUGCUUCUUCGCAAAACUCGGGCUCGGCUGAUAAGUUCGCCCCGCGGUUCGACGGCCUGCGCUUCAUCGAAACGCUGGUUACGGCUCACAGAUGACUCCAUUAGUUCUCAUCCUUGGACUUUAAUCUGUAGAUAUUUACCCGAAUUCUUGCAGGGUGGCAACCUGGGACUGCAGCUUUUAAUUGCGUUUCUCAUUUCGAAAGAGAAGUAAAGUUGUGGUUCUUAGUUUUAGCCUGUUAGGAGUAGGAAGUUAUUUCUUGUAAGGACAACUUCUUAAUGGUAUGAUUCCAACUGUUAUUCCGACCCUGUUAAA